AUGGCGUUCAGCUUCGGCUUUUCAGGGGACGAUAUUGACAUGGACGACUCCGAGACUAGCAAUGGAGUCCCAGAUGUGCUGCCCCCGCAGAGUGCCCCCAAUUCUCUCCCCGAACUGGUGAAAGCUGGCAAACAUGAUAUGAACGAGUGGCUUUCGAUUCUCCCAUCACAAAUAUUCUACAACCGGCUUGCAAUCAGUGGCACACCUAUUGUGAUUGCACGUCGAGAAAUAUUCGAUAUCCGCACCCAGUUGAUGGCAGAGGACAACGAGAAUUACGACAAUGCCGAAUUGAUCGCUGGCCUUGAAGAAGGCGAUCUCAAGCCUAAUUUCUACGAAGGUGGCUUCAAGACUUGGGAGUGUGCCCUGGAUCUCGCCAAACUGGCUGCUGGUGAUACGGCCAUCAUCGAGUCGUUGAACAACUCGCAGACUGAUGUCCAUGUGAUCGAGCUCGGUGCAGGCACUGCGGUACCAUCGAUGACUCUGUUCGCCCAUAUUCUCAGCCAGACAGAGUCGGUAGAUGGUGCAGCUCCCCAGCGCAGAGCGCAUUUUACGUUCGCAGACUAUAACGAUGCGGUGCUGCGCCUCGUAACUCUUCCCAACCUCCUCCUGACCUGGCACAAUAGCCGGUCACAGACUGCGGUGGAACCUCCAGCGGGCCAGGAAGCCUCUCAAGCUCAGCAGGAUGAGGAGCUAGACAUCACCCCUGAAUUGGUAGAUGAGUUCAAGAAUGACCUGGCACGAAGGGGGAUAUUGGUUGAUUUCAUCUCUGGCGGGUGGUCUCCGGAGUUCGUCGACUUGGUCUUUUCUGCUUCGACUACCCGCGCGGGCGAAUGCAGGACUCUUGUGCUUGCAAGUGAGACCAUCUACUCGCCGGCAACACUGACGGCAUUCUCCGAGACCCUCCUGGGGUUGCUGCGUCGCUCCAGCACACCCGCAGCGAAGACUCGCGCAUUGAUUGCCGCGAAGAAGGUCUAUUUCGGAGUUGGGGGUGGAGUCGACGAGUUUCUCGCUGUUCUUAAGAGUGUCUGUGCAGAAGAAUUGGAGGUCCAGGAGAAGGUGGACGUGCAGUCGGAAGGAGUCGGUCGGGUAGUGUUGGAGGCCACACUGUCUGCGCAUGGCGUAUGA